CAUUGGUGUUCGCAAUACUUAGCACGUAUUUUGUAUACACUGUUAUGAUAACAGAUGAUAUUGUUUAUGUAUGUACAGUGCAUCUUUAUUCGCGAAGGUUACUACAUAAAAACGUUUUUGUUGGAAGUUCAGGUUUAGUUUUCCACGUAUGAAUAAUGAAUUCAUACAAGGCUUAUAAGCUAAAAUUCAUUCCGUCAGCCAGCAGCAGAAAACAAAAGACUUCAGAGUUAAACAGACUGAUAUUUUGUAACAAAUUUUUUACUCGUCUUAAAAAUGUGUUCGGCCGAUAAGAGAACCAAGUUUAGCAGAAAACAAGAGCAAAAUCUCCAGAUCUCACAGAUUCCUACCCUCAAAUUAACCCUGAAAGAAAACAAUAUCACAAAUAAAGAUUUGCAAAAUGGACUCGACUUAUUUGACAAAGUUGCAAAAUGUUUGCACACUUUGAACAUGAAAUUACCACCGCUAUACUUAAACGUUCCAUUAGAAUCUUAUUCAACAGAGGAAAGUGAAAUAUUACUUAUUUUGCAAAGAAUGCGAAAAGUUGCAAUUUCCUUGUUGAAUACACAAAAUGAGAAUGUGAAAGUGAAACCAAGAUCGGAAAAAAGAAAACGCAUGGACAACAACGUAGCAGUAAAGCAUCUGAGAACUACAGAUACAAAAUGUGCUAAUUCUAAACCAAUCUUUAUUACUGAAACUUCACUGCCUAAAAAUAAUGGCAGCAAAUUUUUGCAUGAUCUCUGCUACAUUUGCAAAAAAUUGCUAAAUCCGAUCGACCGUCACUCCUUUCACUCUUGGAUGUGCGUCCCAUGUGGUGAUUUUAAUUUCAAAAAACGAUCCCAAACUGCCCCUCUUAACGGAAAGGUUGCCUUGGUAACCGGUGCCCGAGUGAAGAUUGGGUAUGAAAUCGCAUUGAAAUUACUACGCGCAGGCGCCGAUCGUGUCAUCUUAACGACGCGAUUUCCUCUCGAUGCGCUUAAACGGUAUCAAAAAGAAGCAGACUUUUCCGAGUGGGCCGCCAAAUUGGAUAUUUAUCAGUUAGACCUCCGUUUUUUACAGGAUGUGAUUCAUUUUUGUGAACACGUGACUAAAAAUUACGCCAAAUUGGACAUCCUAAUUCAAAAUGCAGCUCAAACUAUUAGACGGCCAGCGGCGUAUUAUAAGUCACUAAUUGAAGGAGAAUCAACACUCUAUUUGUCAAAUUGUGAUGUUAGUGGGAUCAUCAAAUCGUACAACGGAUCUCAGUUUUUGCAAAAUGCUCAACUUUCUGCACUGACAAAAUCGGGUGGUAAUGAUGAAAUCUGUGUUAGCGAAAAUCGCCACCCAUCCGCAAACUUGGUACAUCCCGACGACUACAAAUACAGUAUCGAUGUACAAAAGUGUGUCCAAGACUUUCCUCCGGGACAAGUGGACGAUGACGGACAGCAGUUAGACCUACGGCGAGAAAAUACUUGGACGUUAAGAUUAGGGAAAGUUGAGACUGUUGAAAUGGUUGAAGUAACCGCGGUAAAUUACAUGGCGCCGUAUUUGCUGUUGCAGAAGUUGACACCGCUAAUGAAACGGUCCGAUACUGAGACGUGCUGGCGUUGGAUUGUCCUUGUGUCUGCGAUGGAGGGUAAAUUUUUUCAAUGCUACAAGACCAGGAAACAUCCGCACACGAAUGCCGCAAAAGCUGCGCUAAAUAUGUUGGUCCGAACUUGUGGCGGGGAGUAUAAAAAAAUAGGGAUUUUACUGAGCGCGGUUGACACGGGGUGGGUCACGGAAGAGCAUCCUCAUGGAUAUUAUGACGAAAUGAUCCGACCUCCGCUGGACUGCGUGGAUGGCGCGGCGCGAGUUUUAGAUCCCAUCUUCGAAACGCUAAAUUCCGGACUUGUCUCAAGUGCUGGCCGGUUUAAUAAAGAUUACGCCCCGACGAGUUGGUAAAGGUGCGUUUGCGCUUCACUCCUUGGUAACUUGCGCCACAGUUAAAUUAUAAAAUUGGCGCAAAUUGUCAAGGAGCGAACUACAAACUGCCUUAGCUCUGCCGUUUUUUAAAAUUUUUUUGAAGGAAAAAUACUAACUGGAUACGAUUUUGAAUUGCAUAAUUACAUGACUUGUACGUAAUUUUAUUGAUUUUUAAGAAUGAAUAAGCUACUUUAAUGCCGAAAAGCAACAUAAGAAUAUUUAUUAUUCCUUUAAUAAAGAUUGGCUUUUCCUUUAAAGGAUAAGCUUGAAGUUGUGUAAUUUAUUAUUUUUUGUGGUACUAUAAAUAAAUAGUUAAGGAUGAUUCUUUACGUAAGGCUGAAAACAUA